GCCCAAACCAAAACGUGCCAGAACAACUCGAAGCGACCACUACAGUGUCUCCAUUUUCCUCUCCCAAUGACACCUCGAUCCCAAGCCUCAAGCAAUCAGCCUGCGACAACUCAUGCCAGCAUUUGAUUUCUCCAAUCCGAACGUUUUAUUCGUCCCAUCUUCCUUCUUUAUCUUGCCGCCCGACUCCUACGUUGAAUUUGCCUUGUGUGGGAAAAAGAACCGCAGGCCUGCUUCUCUUUGUGCCUGCGCACCAGCCCCAUCAAUGUUCAUUGUUGACUUUGAUUGAAAGUCCUUAAUGCUUCACCGCCCAACUCCCGCAGACAUGCUAUCCUAGACCCAACUUCAGAUUGCCUCUUAUCAAGAAUAACCUGAGCAUUCCACAUCACCAGACUCCUAUAUUCUCCUCUACUGCGUCAGCAUCUACAUAAGCAUCGCCGAACGUUGUCUGUGCCACCAUGGCGGCCAUUCACCAGACCAUUGCAAUUGUCGAUCGAUCCAAUAAAGUGGUGGGCACAAGCAAGCAAUUGAAGAAUGUCUUCAAAGAGGCCAAGAUGGCCUACCUCGAACGAAAGGCUGAGAUCGUCGCCGAGAGAAGAGCUAGGGAAGACAGAGAAUUGAGAAAGGCACUCAAGGCAGCUUCCAUUGCGGACGAUGCCCGGUCACAAGAUUCCCGACGGCCGACAAAGCACAGGUCUCACCGAAGAGAAGAUCAUCGUCACCAUCGAAGCCCCUCAGAACAUACCCGUCGCCCACCAGAAUUAAGAAGACGAAGCCAUCAAAGCGAUUAUCACGAAUCCCACCGCAGCCAUUCUGGAAGUGUCAGCCCCUCCAUUGUUCACGAGCAACCUAGUCGUCAUGUCGGUCUCGCUGACUUCAACGAGGAUUUGCAAAGAAGCACACGUGCUGCACCAAGUUCUCCACCCGGUCCUCAACUAGUUCGCCGCAACACAGAGAUGCCGGUCGAGCUUCACCGAGCAUAUCCUCCCUUGGCUCGUGCCAAUUCGACCUCGGAACUCGAUCAUGUUGACAUGGAUCUAGCCUAUGGUGAAUAUCAUGCCGACUCACUCCGCCUCGCCCCACAAGUCGAACAAAAAUUGCAAAAACAGGAGAUGUCUUCCCUUGUGACAAAGUGCAAGAUCCUCCUAGAUGAGGCCAAUUGUGCUCAGCAUAGUGUCAAAGCAAUCGUCGCACAUUUGCAGAAGAACCCCGAUGCCAUGGCUGCGGUAGCACUAACUCUAGCUGAAAUCAGUAACCUGGCCACCAAGAUGGCUCCCGCCGCUCUAGCCUCGUUCAAAACCGCAGCACCCGCCGUUUUUGCCAUCCUCGCCUCGCCCCAAUUCCUUGUUGCCGUUGGCGUCGGUGUUGGGCUCACCGUUGUCAUGUUUGGCGGUUACAAAGUUAUCAAGAAGAUCAAGGCAGCCUCUGGGAAUGAGCAAAAUGAGGGGGCUGACGAAAUGUUGGAUGUCCAAGAACUCGAACGGAUCGACAACUGGAGAAGGGGAAUUCCGGGCGCUGAAACUGCCAGCGUUGCCACCAGCGUCGAAGGCGAGUUCAUCACCCCACUGGCAGCUGCUAGCGUGCGAGAUCUCCGCCAAUCCCGGCGCGAUGUCGAUGACAGUCGUGAAAAGAAGCGGAGUGACAAGAAAAGGCAUCAGCAUAGAGCCCGAGAUGAUGAUGGAAUGGCGAGCAUUGCGGACUCGGAGAGCACCUCACACUCUAAGCAUAGCAGCCGGCGCAAGGCCGAGAAGAAAGAAAAGGCCUUGGUCAAGGUCCACAAGCCGAGCCCGCUGCGCAGGAUAUUUUCAAGUAGGGACUAGAAACGGUCAAAUGAAAAGUCACGGGUGGAUGCCUUGAUCUUAACACCUCCUGAUGGUGUGCCCCAGGACCAGCGGAUAUGAUGACGGCGUUCCGGAUCAGGUUUUCAUUUUCCAAGAUAGGUGGAUGAGGUUACGAGAUUUAUGAAGAGCGUUGAAAAUGCCCAAAUACCUUCAUACGAUUUUUCAGUAGCGUACCACGAUAUAGAUCAGCUGGUUAGCAUUGCUCAACCACACUAAAAUGUUGAUAGGUGAUUAAUACAAAAACUUGUCUGGG